AUGGAGUUGAUUGGAUCCACUCUGACAGCAACAUACGCUCGGCCAAAAAGCAGCCACUUUCUCCCUGCCAUCUCCACUAUGGCAUCCAGCUAUCGAAACCCCCAGGCAGCCCUGGCCAUGAAUCCCAGUGCCAGUCUGUGGAGGACAAACAGCUAUUACAAGAGCAACAGCACUAUCCCAUCCCCUUCCAUACAACGAGAGAAUUUAGAUCUGGUUCGUGCCAAGACGGUGUUGUACCCAUCCAACAGGAGCGCGCUGACCACCCGCUACACUCCAGAUGACUGGUACAAGUCCAACCACAACAACUACAGGGAAUCCGAGUCUUCCCGGAAAAGCGCAGAGAGACUAAGAAGAGACACCAUCAGGCUGAUGCAGGAUAAAGAGCAACUUACCAGACGAACCCAGGAGAAUACCAGCAAGAACAUAGGAGAAAGGCUCAAUGACAUUGUCUUUUGGAAGUCUGAGCUGAGCCAUGAGAUUGACAACAUGGUGACAGAGAUAGCAGCUCUUAAUGAGGUCAAAAGGAGGCUAGAGAGAGCCUUGGCAGAGACUGAGGGGCCCCUUCAGGUGUCUCAAGAGUGUCUGUACCACAGAGAGAAGCGGAUGUCCAUUGACCUGGUACACGAUGACGUAGAGAAAGACCUCAUAAAGGAGGUAGAAGCUAUAAAGUCAUGUCAGGAAAGGAUGAGGCGACAUCUGGACAGAGCCAUUGCUCAGCUGGCGUCAAACAGAGCAGCUCAACAUGAGUUGGAAAGAGAUCUGAGUGACAAACUGACAGCUCAGAGGAUAGAUCAAAGGUGUCACCAUUUAAGGAACACAUCAGAUGGUAUUGGCUAUUACAGAGGAAUUGACAGACUAGACCCUUCAAUCUCUCUGCCUGACUCGUGGUCCAAGUUUACAGAUGACAACAUCCUGCAUUCCCAAAGCGAGCGAGCUGCCUCCCACAAGCUCAGGGAUGAGAUAGAAAUCCUGCUGAACACCACUUCCAAUGAAAUGUGGAACCAGUUCAACAAUGUCAACGUAGCCUUCACCAACCGCAUAUCAGAAACCGCUGAUGCCAAGAACAGCUUGCAAACACACCUGGCUAAGACUCUACAAGAGAUCUUUCAGACUGAGAUGCUAAUCGAGUCAAUAAAGAAGGCUCUCAGAGAUAAAGAGUCCCCAUUAAAAGUGGCCCAAACGAGGCUGGAGGAGAGGACCCGCAGACCCAACGUAGAGCUCUGCAGGGACAAUCCACACCACAGACUUGUGAGUGAGGUGAGAGAGAUCGAGGACACUAUUCGGAAACUUCAAGAGAGGCUGAUGGAGGCCGAGAACACUCUGCAGACUUUGGUGAAGACCAAAGUAUCCCUGGAACAUGACCUAUCUGUCAAGGCCAAUUCGCUUUUCCUGGACCAGGAGAAGUGCAUGAGCAUGCGCAAGAGCUUUCCUAGCAUGCCCCGUCUGGUGGGCUACACCUAAAACUAAGUCUUAAAAAGAGGACCAUUGGAAGACCAAUGGAGUUAUUGUU